AUGUCGACUUCUCAAAAAUCUGACCAUGUGUAUCUUUCUGAGCCACACAGUGUUGUUUCAACCUCCGACCACCUCUCUUCCAAAGCACCAGUGGGAGAGGUAUGUGAGCCACUACCCGCGCAACCAAAACCUCUUUACACGGCUAUUCCCUUAGCUCGCCAACGAUUCAUUCUCGGAAUUAUUACUGUCGCUGGUACAUUUGGCCCCCUUGCGGGAAAUAUUUACUUGCCUGCGCUGCCAGUAUUAGCCCGGAAGUUCCAGAGAACAGAGACAGAGAUCAAUAUCACAGUGACAGUUUUCAUGGUUGUAUUUGCCUUUGGGCCGCUGUUCUGGUCGAGUUUCGCGGAUUGGAAAGGGCGCAGACCGCUCUAUAUCAUCUCUAUUUUGGUCUACAUUUUGGCAAAUACGCUUCUCGCGGCUGUUCCUGCCAAUUAUGGGGCACUUGUCGUUCUUCGAAUAGUGCAGGCGUUUGGAUCCUCUGCAGUUGUCUCGCUGGGAGCUGGUACGGUGGCAGAUAUUAUAGAGCCAAAGAAACGAGCUCGAGCAAUGUCAUACUUCCUUUUCGGGCCCCAAUGUGGUCCAAUCUUGGGACCGUUGAUCGGCGGUGCUUUAGCCGACAUGGCAUCCUGGAGAUGGAUAUUUGGCUUCCUCGGUGAGCGUACAAUUUCGGGCACAGCGCUAUGGCUCGUUCUAGUGUUCGCGGUUCCUGAAACUCUACGUGCACGUGUAGGGAAUGGGAGCAUAUACGUCGAGAAGGGCUGGUUAAUCUUUCCUCCAAGGUUCUCUUCUGAAACUGUCUCAGAAUCGGAGCGAGGCCCUCCGCCUCCCAAGCCCACCUUGAAAGGAUACUGGAGGCUCUUCCGAUACCCACCGAUCGGCAUUACUUGCGUGAAUACCGCCAUCCUCUACUCUUCAUAUUUCUGCAUCGCCAUCCAACUACCAUCCGCUCUCAGUAAUGUGUAUCACUGGUCAAGCAGUGAGGUCGGGGCUGGCUUUGUCGUCGUGGGGCUUGCCAUGGUGAUUGGGUCUAUUUUGGGAGGACAAUUCUCUGACUGGAGGCGUAAGCGGGCAGUCCAGGCCCUCGGUGAGGCUAAUGUUCACCCCGAGGCACGGUUGAAUGAUCAAAUCUGGGGACUUCUCAUAGCUUCGGCUGGGUUGAUCAUGUUUGGGUUCUUUGUGGAGUAUGCGCUUCACCCGGCUGCUACUUUGAUUUCUACCUUCCUCGUUGGAUUUGGAAUGUCUUGGAUGUUUGUCGCCUCCAAUGCCUUUUUGACCUCAUGUCUUUCCCAGCAAGCCGCUGGGGCUUUUGCUUUAGGCAACAUGUUACGCAGUCCUGCCGCUGCCGUGGCGGCGGCCAUUAUCACGCCGCUCGUGCAGAGAAUGAGCUGGGGCUACUGUUUCCUUGGGUUGGGAUCCCUGAACUUGGUUGGCAUUGGGUCCAUGUUGCUUGUUCUACGAACGCAAUCCGCCAGAUGGGCAAAAGCAAAACUAGCUAGGGGGACGCAAAUUGGGCACCAGAAUGGACCUCCAAAAUCACACUGA